CGUUUGCUUUUUGCCUUUUUGUUUCCCGAUUCCCACUCGCGACUUUUUUUUUCUUCUUUUUUUCUGUGUCGCUGGAAGUAAAAUCUGGAUCGGAGGUGAAGAAUAAGAACAACAAGAAGAAAGAAGCUUAAAAAUCUGACGGUUUCGUCCAUUAGAACAUGUCGGCGCUGUUCAAUUUCCAUUCGUUUCUGACGGUGGUAUUAUUGGUGAUCUGCACUUGCACUUUCUUAAAGAUGCAGUUUCCUACCAUUCUUGAACAAAAAACUGGAUUUCGGGGAUUCUUCUGGAAGGCUGCUAGAAUAGGAGAGCGCUUAAGUCCGUGGGUGGCUGUUGGAUGCUUCACAAUGGGUGUCUCCAUCAUAUUUUUCUGAGUGAUAUCUCCCAAGUGUUACGUAUCAACAGUGAUUUCUUCAUAGGUUGCUAUUUGUUUGGUAGAAUUUUCCUUGAAACUAUCUUUUAAUAGAAAAUAUGCCUCUCUUAUACUUUAUUUGUAUGUGUAGUUAUUUACAUGUGUAUCUUUGGAGGACACGAGAAACCUAUGCUAUCUAUCUAUUUUAUUGACACAAUUUUCGUAAUUAA